CGGCCUCCGGUGCCACCGCCUUCUUGGAGAGGAUGCUCCGGCUGGGCUGUGGACUGAGGCCGAUCGGAGCGGGACUUGGUGCUCAGGCCUCUGCCCGGCUCCUUGAGGGCGCCGAGAUGCCGAAGAAAGCUAGUGCGACGAGCAAGGGUAAAAGCCAGAGCAAGGAGCCAGAGAGACCACUUCCUCAAUUAGGUCCUGUGACAGUUGAUCCUAAAGGUUGUGUCACCGUAGCCAUCCAUGCCAAACCUGGUUCUAAACAAAAUGCUAUAACAGAUUUGACAGCUGAAGCUGUCAGUGUGGCUAUUGCAGCACCUCCGUCGGAAGGGGAGGCAAAUGCCGAGCUCUGCCGGUAUCUGUCCAAGGUCUUAGAGCUCAGGAAGAGUGAUGUAAUUUUAGAUAAGGGUGCUAAAUCUCGUGAAAAAGUGGUGAAGCUUUUGGCCUCCACAAGUCCAGAAGAGGUCUUGCAGAAAUUGGAAAAGCAAGUUGAAAAAAAAUAAAAGUAAGAAAUUAAAAAAUA